AUGGGUGAGGCUGAGGCUGAGUAUUGGCAGAGAGCUGUUGCUGUGGGGGAGUGUUGGCAGAGAGUUGUUGCUGUGCCGAGGUGUUGGCAGAGAGCUGGCGUUGAAGAGGAGUAUUGGCAGAGAGUUGGCGUUGAAGAGGAGUGUUGGCAGAGAGUUGUUGCUGUGUAA